GAACUCCUCCCUGUUGAGGUCUAGUGUAGACCCAGAGGCCAAAACGUGGAUUGUUUAACAGGCAUCCCAAGCAGUGACUCAAACCAUUGGGGAUUUCAGAGGAAGCUCGUUAUGGUGAUGCCACAAUUAGGACCUCAGCCCACGUGGCCAGUCAGUCUUGCGGGAGGCCGGACCAAGCACUGUAUAAAAGUCCCCACCUUUCUGGACUCCACAAUCCUCAUCCUUUGCUGGGUCCUGCUGAAGAUCAGGUUCUGGAAAUCAGCCCCAAGAUGUCCUUCAGUGAUCAGCAGUGCAAGCAGCCCUGUGUGCCUCCUCCAUGUCUUCAGAAGACCCAAGAGCCAUGCCAGGCACAGGCUGAGGAAGUGUGUGUUGCCCCUUGCCAGGACCCCUGCCCAGAGAAGGGCCUGCCACAAGUCCAGGAGGUGUGUCUUCCUGAGAGCCAGCAGCUAAACCAAGAAAACUGCCCACAGCAAAACCAAGACCAAUGUCCGUCUCAGAGCGUGGAAGUCUGCCAGGAGCCAGCUCAGACGAAAUGCGUGGAAGCUGUCCCACAAAAUGUUCAGGAGAAGUGUCCGCUCCCUGGAAAGGGGAAGUAGCUGCCCAGAUGCCCUCUGGGGCCCAGAAGAUGGCCAUGGGUGAAACCCAGUCCCCACCCCCUUCACUCUGGUGACUUCCCCUGAGGGUCCCUCUGUGUGCAGUGUGCCUCCCUGCCCCCUGUUGUUCUCAGUGCUCCAGGACUUGGUCUGUGUCUCUGAAGAUGGUUCUCUCUGUAUUUCAUCAACUUCUGUGAACAAGCAGUCCAGUGGUAGGUCUCAAAUGCAGGAAUGAUCUUGUCAGGAGAGACUGCUGAAGCCUAGCACAGCUGCUUGGGGACAUAAACUCACCCACCCCUGGGUGGGUAACACCCAAGGAUGUCCCCAUAUGUCUUUCAGAGGGUCAGGCUCUCAGCUGACAUGCAAACCAAGCUGAAUUCUAUGAACUUUGCACAGAACAGCAUGGAUCGAUGCAAAAAUUAAAAAUUGGGUAGAUUCAUCUCUGCAUCCUAAAAAGAUCAGGAAAUGGUUGUACAUGGGAAUGAUGAUUGUGCUUUUUCUAAAGCGUCUAUAAAUUAUUUAAUCGGAACAGCCAAGAAAGAAUGCAGAGAGGGGACUUUGGGGUCCUGUCAAUCCUUGUGCUUCCUAGGUGAUCUGCUCUGGGACCUUCAUUUUCACCACGUACACUCUGCAGAUCUGUGAUUUGUGUCUGGAUGCAAGCUGGCCACCCUCCAGCUUCCUUGCCUUCUUCUCCCUGGUGAAGGUGAAACAUAACAAUAAAGCUGAUCCUCAGGCUGACAUGUGAUUUGAUGUGUGU